AACCGCAGAGACUAUUAUUUAAUUUCAAUUCAAAUUAAAUUUAUUUUUUUUCAUCACAGUCUUCCCAUUAGGAUUAUCGCUUCACUCUGACUAGUCUUCCAACUCUCUUAUUUGUUCCGAAUUAGAAGCAAUUGUACAAUUUAUCUCAAGUUUGAGAAUAUGAUGUUCAUAAACCAAAUAUAUGGAUGUUAUUUUAUUUUAAGAAGCGUACGUAUAAUAGAGCUGAAGCUUUUGGUCUUGGUUGGAUUGUGACACGUCCUGUUGAAGGGGACAUCUUAUUUACCCGAUGUUGUCUCUGGUUGAAAGGUCCGACAGUCACCAACAGCAUUAGGAUUCAUCCCCCGUGAGGCAUUAAUAUUCACUGUAAAGGUCGCGGUCAGUUCUCACAAUAGCUUUUCACGUACAUGGAGUUGGUCAAAGGAAAAUCCUGACGUGACAAUGGGACGAUGGAAAAGGUCAGGGGCUCUGCACGGAAAUACCCAGACAUAUCAAGACCCCCAUUGCUAAAAAAAAGCAAUAAGAAAUGCCUUGGAACAUUUAGAAACACAUUUCACUUGUAGGCCUAUUCUUUUAUUUUACUAUAAAAUGUGCCGCUCACAUAUUUCUGUUACAAAUCGUUACAUUUUCUUUUUCGGAAUGUUUUUAUAUAAUUCGGUUCUCCAAUAUCUGUGCAUUUCAACCACAGGACUGUAAGGUGACGGUUUGGUACAGAUGGAUUUGGAGCAGACAGACCAAACCACGUCCUCAACGAUUCCUGACUUUGAGCCUUAAUAUAAUCGAAACCUGUAAAUUGAUAAAAUAAACAAGAUCCCGUCAUGGACGGGACAAUUUGCUAAGAGAACAAAAAAAAAGUGUAUUUGUUGUAGGCUUGUAAACACAUUUACUGUGCCAAUGUUGUUAGGAGUUUAUUGAAUUGGAGUUCCUGGAACGCAUUGGCGGAGGGGGGGGGGGGCAUUAACAUCUCCAAGGACCUCCUCCUCCAUGUUUGUGUGCUCCAUGAGUGCAUUGGCCGGGGAGCGAGGCCGUUAUCAGCGCCGACAGCGCAGAGGCAGAGCAGGCAUGGGUGGGACCGGGGCAGGGCUGGGGGCUCUCUGCGCGACGGGCCGGCUUCUCCCAGAGAGAUAACUUUGUUCUGGGCCAGGAGGGGUGACAUCAUGACGGAUGGCACAUGAAGAAGUGGGCGCAGUGGGGGGGGGCAGGAAAGGCCUAUCUCCUACAAUGGCACCAAAGGGACGUGGAGACGCGCACAUGCACUACUGCUCGCUGACACUCCAGUGGGCUUGAACAGCAGUCACACACACACACACACACACGCACACACACACACACACAUACACACACACACACACACACACACACACACACACACACACACACAGCAUUGAUUUGUCUACACGUCCAGUGGGUCUCGGUGGUGUCAUAUAAAAAGGCGAAACCGGACUGACACAGGCCUCAGAGUGUGUGACUGCUCUGUUAUUGACGUUUUCUGCUGCUGCAGCAUCCGAGUGCUUUUGGGGAGUACGCUGAAGGACCUGAUCUCUACCAGCCUCAGCGAGGAGUCCUGCUUUUGAUGUAGGUCUGUUCUGCAUGCAGCCGUAUGCGUCUUCCUGCACAUAGCAAUAAUUAUCUUCAACGCAUAUAGACGCCUCGAAGGUUUUGUUAUUUCAAAAUAAAGGGCUUUGUAAAUGAAGACCGAUUAAAUAUAUGAUAUGUAACUCAUUUAUUUAUGGUUUGAAUAAUAGGUACUAAUCCAUUUGCAUUUGUUUUUCCUUUUGACUUGUUAAAUAACAUUUUAAAAAUAUCCAGUGAAAAUUGUACUGUUGUAUUGUCCAUACGUGGUAAAUGUUUUAUUGUGAGUGGCAUCGCUGCUCUUAAGAAUUUAGUUUUAUGUACAGUAUUAACAAUAUGUGAAGGGAACACGAUAGAGACUGGAUGAUAUUUAUGGCAUGAUGAGUGAAUGUUGUUGCUACAAAGUAAAAAAAAAACUUAAUUAAUGACUUGCUAAAGUUUGUGACAGGAGACUGAGAUCUUUCACAACAUGGCAACACAACGUUGUUGGUAUUAUGGUGUGUACUUCAUCCGUAGAGUUUAGAUCCUAUUACAAAUGGUGACCUAUUAGAAAGGGACAUUACAACUUUUUAAAGUUGAAUGUUCUGAAACAAACCAAAAAUCCGAGGGAAGAAGUAAAGGUUAUGCUUUGCAACCAAAGUCCCUGGCUGGAGUUCAACUGGCUUAAUGGAAUGUAUUUGGACAACUUUCAAGUCAUCACAAUAGUCCAGAGAUCUGAUUUAAGCGAAUCAAUGCAAAGCCUCCAGAAGUUAUUUAACAUUCUUACUAAUCGCUGCUUGCUUUGAAUUCCCCCAAAGAUCAGAAGCUUUUAUCCUGAACCAACUCAUUGACAGUUAGGACUGUUUGUACUCACAUAUUAUGCAAUAGUUAUUGAUAAUUAAAGCUUUGGCUGCCUUACUGACCAUUCUUUGUGAGUUUAUUGUUUUAUUUUAUUGCAACAUGCAAUCAAAUUAAAGGGGCCCUUGGCAAUGCUGUACUCUGGAAAAGCCUUAAAAUAUAUUGCAGUUAAACUAUAUGAGAUAUGAAAGAACGUAAAGGCCUUUGUCGUUGCAAGGAUUUUACUUACAUUAUCUCCUUGUAUCGGACAAUAAGUUGUGAAAGUCAGUGAUUCAGUCAAACGAACAAGGAACAACGUGAGGGAAGGGGAGAGGUAAAUCCGUUCAAACUCACGUUAAAACAAGUAUCCAUCAUAUGAAGUAAGUUGCACUGCAUAACGAUCCUCUCCGCAGGCUUUCUGUGGCGCACGAUGUGUCGGCUCCUGGACGUCCUGCUGGCUUCGCUGAGUCGCUUCCUGUUCGCGGUGCACGGCGUGGUGACGGUGUGGCGUGUGGUGGCGGUUAAAGAGGAGCCACUCUACUGGCUGCUGCUGACGGGCGUAGCCCUGCUGGGCGUGGAGAUGGCUGUCACUCUGAAGUGCACCCGAAACGCAGAGUGGAAAUGGUUCUCCCCCAUGGUUUUCCUCUACCUCAGUACUGUCAUCCCGUCCAUUUGGUUCCUGGAGCUGAGCCUGCUGCAGUCCAAGCUGCCCGUCAACAAUUCCUCAGGCCCCGAGCUCCAUCCGCUGGCUCGCAUCCCGAUCGCCGCGGCCAUCGUGGAGCUGGAGCCGGAGAACUGGGUGGCCGGCCUGGAGCAGACCAUGCUCAUCGUGUUGGUUCUGGGUCGCUGGCUGAUGCCCAAGGGGGACAUGUCCCGCGACCAGCUCUCCCAGCUGCUUAUGGUCUAUGUGGGACUGGGCGCCGACAUUCUGGACAUCUUUGACACCUUCAAGGAACCCGAGGUCCAAACCAACCAGACAGUUGUCUACAUGGGCCUGGGCCUUUUUUCUUGGGCACUGAUGCAGUUUCCUCUGGUGCUGACCCAGACUCAACAGGGGGAGCCUCCACAGGGGGGUGAGAAUUGUGUCGCCCGCCUCCCUGCUCCUCCCGUUACCUCGGCCUCCUGCUGCUCCAACGAAGUGUGGAGCCUGCUGCUCACUGUGGGACUCCAGGACGGCCCGUUUCUGAUUUACCGGCUCUACCUGAUGCUCCAAGAGCAGGUGCUCAACCAGCUCAUGAUCUUCUUCACCUGCAAAAACAUCCUCAUAGUCCUCUUGGAGCUAUACAGGAUUUUCGUGGUGCAGUGUGAGCAACGCUUUGGCGAUUCGGAGUUGGGGAGGUGUUCUGCUCUGGUGCAGCAGUGUCAAACCCGGAGGGUAAGGGAGGAUGAGGAGGCGGAGGCGGAGGAGGAGGAGGAGGGAACAGGUGGAGAGCAGCAGAGCUUUCAUACAGACACUGAGAGGGUAACUGAGAGAGAGGAAGAUCCAAAAGGUGUACAGGUAAUGAAAGGCCCCAAAAUGCAGCGAGGCACGUCUCCAGCCCUCCGGGGGGAGAGGACGCCUUUCACACAGCGAGCAGGAAAGUCCAAAUCUUCUGCAUCUCCACCUCGCUCAGAGACAGCCAGCUCUCUGGAGGUUGAGGGAAUAGAAAUAGAGCACAAUAGAAGCGAAUGAGUUCUCACUGAAAAGAUCAGAGAGCAACCCCACUUUCCAAGAAGGGAAGAAAACUAUAAUUCUACAAGUUCACACUUGGAUUCAUGAGACCGGUGACAAGAGAGCUGGAACCAAAUCACGGGGGGUUUGUGCUCGAUUUAUUCAAUCAACAGCAGCUUUCCAGCAGCUCAUGGAACUAUUGUAAUGACGUGGGGUUUGACAGUCGGCAUUAAACAGACCUAAUGAAUAUGCUGGACUAAGAUGAGGAUAACAUGCCCUGCCUUAAUAAACUUUUCUUAAUAAAGAUACUUCGGAAAAGCCA